CAAAAAUGAGGAUGUCAUGUUGAAAUAAAGAAUGUGACCUAUUGGGUCUCGAGUCGUGAUUAUUGGGUUAAGGGCGUCUCAUAUUUUUUCUACAAUGCACGACCUAUUACUAUUAUUACCAAAAAAAAAGAGCAUGUUCGGGUUUAAUCUUGUUAGUAGAGUAUAUAUAACAAAUACAUUCACUAAAAAGAUACAGUGCACUACAACAAAUACAUUUUCCAGCCGUGUCACCUUCCCCACCAGCUUUUACCAAAUUUCCCGACGCGAGAGCGAGAGACCUACUUUCCCCUCGUCUCAGGCCAUGGCUCUUAGGGUUUCCACCCUGCCCGUCGCCGCCGUCGGCCGCGCCGGCAACUACACCGUGCACGGCAUCACGGAGAGCCCGGGGGGCAUCUGGGACGGCCUCACCAUCGUCGGCAUCGUCGUCACCGGAGUACUCCUCCGCCGUCGCCUUCGCAGCUGGAGCAGGCACCUGUUCUCUGGUUCCCGGCCCCAUGACCCCCAGCACCGAGACCUAAGGGUGAGGGCCGACCGGGCUGAAAACAAGGGCAAACGUGAGCAGUGGGUGGAGACAAACCGCCGGUUUACCAAGAAGGCCGGGCAAGGGAACCGCUAAAAGCAUCCCCAGGUAGCUAACUUGCGCGGGCGAGAGAGGAAAUGCAAACCAAAGAAAACAAAUUGCUACAGGUUCUAAACUGCAAUCAGCAAGUGUGUGUGUGGUAAUGUCAGUCUGAACUCUGAAGAGUUGGUGCAUGCGAGGCUCUCAGCUCGGAAGUGUGUGUGCUAAUGUCAAUUAUUUAUCAUGCGGCUACUGAUGUUGUGUGGUUGUGGUGUGAUCCUGCCUAGUAGGAUCGUUUAGUGGUGAUGAUAAUGCUAAAAAUACAAUUAUCCAUACUGUAGUACAAUUUGAUUUUUGCUGAGAAUUCAAAUAAUUGUUGAUAAAAGUAUACUAGUUAUAAGAGGUAAUCUCACAAUUUUUAUAGAGAGGUGACCUGAACAAAAUUCAUUCCGUUCCAUCUUCCCAACAAAACACUUAAAUGUAACCAUUCCAUUUCAACUAAUUAUCCCAACCAAACACAGGAACCAACCCAGUUCCAGUGGAAUGGAAUCAUGACCCUCCAUUACACUUCGUUUCCCACCAUGUCGUCUUGAGGUGAUGACUCAGUGCUGGUGGCUGAGCUCAGCUCAUGUGCCUAUGUCCAUCGACGUGGUUUUCACAUAAUUCUCAUCAUGCAAACAUAAAGUGGUAUGCCCUGGUGCGGCGGUGCUUGGCCCGGGCACGGGGCUAUAUCUCGCUUAUUGCGAGACAUAGCCCACCCUGACCCUUAAUGGGCCAACCCAACACUGUAGCUCCAUGUAGUAGUAUUGGUAAGGUUCUAUGAACCGGUUCGAACCAGCCGGGUAGUUAUUUGUCCU